ACAAUAGGCAGCAUUGUAGAAACAGUUUCAUCAUUACAAGCAAAAUAGUUUUAAGAGCGCACGGAAAAGAUUUUUAUUCUAAAAGAUUUUUAGUAAAAUUUCUCAACUUUUGUCAUUGCUGAACUUUCGUGGAACGCCGCUACGAAGAUGAGCUCGACUAAUUUGGAUUACGAGACUAUGUCUCAGCGUCGCGACAAGCUGCCGCAGGACGUGUGCCGUCUGAUUAUGCAGGGACGCCAGGCCAAGGGGCUAAGCCAGAAGGAACUUGCCAGCAAGAUUUUCGAGAAGCCGCAAGUCAUUGGUGACUACGAGGCCGGACGCGGAAUACCCAAGGAUCAAAUUCUUGCCAAGAUCGAGCGCAUCAUCGGCAUCAAGCUGCUCGGCAAGAACCGCGGUAUGCCACUUAAAAAAAAAGUGGGGAAAAAGAAGUAAAAAACCACCAGAAUACCACCAACAGUAUCUGUUUGACCACGCUAUUGAUUAAAGGCUUGCUUGGACUACCUGAAA